CCGCGCUGCCAUGGAAGUGGUCUUCCGAGGAGUGCGAAAAGUUCUCUGCGUGGCGGAGAAAAACGACGCUGCCAAGGGAAUCGCCGACUUACUGUCCAACGGUCGUAUGAGGCGGAACACUAUCUGAAGAUCUUCCUGUGUUUUCCAUCUCCUGUCAUGAGCAACACAAGGACAGGAGGAAGGCUAUACUCAGCAGUGAUGCCUGAGUUCUUGUGUCCCAUCUUCCCUUAUUAGCAGCCGUGAGGAGGAGAAGUCUAGCACACUAGCUACCUGCACCAUCGAGACUCUAUUUGACCUUAAUGCCCUGUGACCUUGAUGAAUUCUUCCUGUAAUUUUCCAAGUUAACUUUAUCAAGAAGCAACCAGGGGACAGGAAAGCCACCCAUUUGGCUCAACGUCUUGGAGAAUUUUCCACAUAUAAAAGAUGGUGUUGGACUAGGUUUGAUGGCACAUGCCUUUAAUCUCAGAACUCAGAAGCAAACAGAUUUCUGUAAGUUUGAUGUUAGCCAGUAUUGCCUGGUGAAACUCAGUUCUCAAAAAAGAUCAUGAAAGAAGGCCUUUCUAAAUUCAAUAAGAUUUAUGAAUUUGACUAUCAUCUGUAUGGCCAGAAUGUUACUAUGAUAAUGACGUCAGUCUCUGGACAUUUGCUGGCUCAUGACUUCCAGAUGCAGUUUCGGAAAUGGCACAGCUGCAAUCCCCUUGUCCUCUUUGAAGCAGAAAUUGAAAAGUAUUGCCCAGAAAAUUUUAUAGACAUCAAGAAAACUCUGGAACGAGAGACACAGCAUUGUCAGGCAUUGGUGAUCUGGACCGACUGUGACAGAGAAGGUGAAAACAUCGGAUUUGAGAUUGUCCAUGUAUGCAAGGCUGUGAAGCCCAAUCUACAGGUGCUGCGAGCCCGCUUCUCUGAGAUCACGCCACACGCCGUCAGGGCAGCCUGUGAAAACCUAACUGAGCCUGACCAGAGAGUAAGUGACGCAGUGGAUGUGAGGCAAGAGCUGGAUCUAAGGAUCGGAGCUGCCUUCACAAGGUUCCAGACCCUGCGGCUCCAGAGGAUUUUCCCUGAGGUGCUGGCUGAGCAGCUCAUCAGCUAUGGCAGUUGCCAGUUCCCGACACUGGGGUUUGUGGUGGAGAGGUUCAAGGCCAUUCAGGCUUUUGUGCCAGAAGUCUUCCACAAAAUUAAAGUAACUCAUGACCACAAAGAUGGGACUGUAGAGUUCAACUGGAAAAGAUACCGUCUCUUUAACCAUACAGCCUGUCUUGUCCUUUAUCAGUUGUGUAUGGAGGAUCCGAUGGCAACCGUGGUAGAGGUCAGAUCUAAGCCAAAGAGCAAGUGGAGGCCUCAAGCUUUGGACACUGUGGAACUAGAGAAACUGGCAUCUCGGAAAUUGAGAAUAAAUGCCAAAGAAACCAUGAGGAUUGCAGAAAAGCUCUAUACACAAGGGUACAUCAGCUACCCCCGGACAGAAACAAACAUCUUCCCCAAAGACUUAAACCUGGUUGCAUUGGUGGAACAGCAGACCCUGGAUCCACACUGGGGGGCUUUUGCUCAGACCAUUCUAGAGCGAGGCGGCCCCACUCCACGGAAUGGGAGCAAAUCUGAUCAAGCUCACCCUCCCAUUCACCCCACCAAAUACACGAGCAGCUUGCAGGGAGAUGAUCGGUGUCUGUACGAGUUCAUCGUUCGCCAUUUCCUGGCUUGCUGCUCUCAGGAUGCUCAGGGGCAAGAGACUACUGUGGAGAUCGACAUUGCCCAGGAGCGCUUUGUGGCCCACGGCCUCAUAAUUCUGGCUCGUAACUACCUAGAUGUGUAUCCGUAUGAUCACUGGAGUGACAAGCUCCUCCCCAUCUAUGAGCAAGGCUCCCGAUUUCAGCCCAGCACUGUGGAAAUGGUGGAUGGGGAGACUAGCCCACCCCAACUGCUUACUGAAGCCGACCUCAUCGCCCUCAUGGAGAAACAUGGUAUCGGUACUGAUGCAACUCAUGCAGAGCACAUCGAGACCAUCAAAGCCCGGAUGUAUGUGGGACUCACCUCAGACAAGCGGUUCCUGCCUGGGCACCUGGGCAUGGGACUUGUGGAAGGUUACGAUUCCAUGGGUUAUGAGAUGUCCAAGCCUGACCUCCGUGCGGAGCUGGAAGCUGACCUCAAGCUGAUCUGUGAGGGCAAGAAGGAUAAGUUUCAAGUUCUAAGGCAGCAAGUGCAGAAAUACAAGCAGGUUUUCAUUGAAGCAGUGGCAAAGGCAAAGAAGUUGGAUGAGGCCUUAUCUCAGUACUUAGGAGAAGGGACAGAGGUGUCCCAUCAAGAAGAGAUCUACCCAGCCAUUCCUGAGCCUGUUCGGAAGUGCCCACAGUGUAACAAGGAUAUGGUCCUCAAGACGAAGAAGAGUGGUGGGUUCUACCUGAGCUGCAUGGGGUUCCCAGAAUGUCGGUCAGCUGUGUGGUUUCCUGACUCAGUGCUGGAGGCCAGCAGGGACAACAGUGUGUGUUCUGUUUGCCAGCCACCCCCUGUGUACAGGUUAAAGCUGAAAUUUAAGCGUGGUAGCCUUCCCCCAACUAUGCCCCUGGAGUUUGUCGGCUGCAUAGGUGGAUGUGAUGAGACUUUGAAUGAAAUCUUCAGCCUGCGAUUUCCACGGGCUCUCCCAAGAGCUAGCCAGCCUUCUGGCCACCUGCAGGCCAGCCAGGUCCUCAACAGGAUGGACAGCAGUCAGCAUAGCCUAUCUCAACCUCUUGUUAACCGACAUACUGGACCUUCAAAGGCAGUGGCCCAAACCUUGCUACCACCCACUGCUGCUAGUGAAAGCAACUCUGUGACCUGCAACUGUGGCCGGGAGGCUGUGCUGCUCACGGUCCGCAAGGAGGGCCCCAACCAGGGCCGGCACUUCUAUAAGUGCAAUGGUGGUGCUUGCAACUUCUUCCUGUGGGCUGACAGCAGCCAUCCCACUGGAGGAGGGCCCCCCACCUCUGCAUCAAGACCCGCAGGCAGCUCCGUAGGAUACUCAUCUGGCUUAGGCAGCCACAUGGAUGGAUUUGGCAGCCUUGGUGAUGACAGUGAUGGAGGUACAUCCUGCCUAUGUGGGCAGCCUGCUGUCACAAGGACUGUGCAGAAGGAUGGACCCAACAAAGGACGCCAGUUCCACACCUGUGCCAAGCCACGAGAGCAGCAGUGUGGCUUUUUUCAGUGGGUGGAUGAGAACAUGGCCCCAGGGAGUUUUGCAGCCCCAGCAUGGCCAGGAGGCAGAGGAAAAGCCCAGAGAUCAGAGGCUGCAAGCAAAAGACAAAGGGCUGGUUCCUCAGAUGCAGGGUCUACAGUAAAAAAGCCUCGGAAAUGUAGCCUUUGCCACCAACCUGGACACACCCGGCCCUUUUGUCCUCAGAACAGAUGAUGGCAGGGGAGGUGGAGGAAGUUGCCUAGAGCAGGAAUGAACUAAUUGGGACCAGGUGGCUGUCCACUGUCCUGGAAACCUAGGGAGGUACUGGGUUUUAGAGUGGACCUUCCUUUGUUGAAGAGUACAAAGACCAGACAUGUCAGGAAAGUCUGGCUGGCUCUGCUAGAUGCUGCUGCUCUGUCUGUGGCUCAGGAGUGACUCUGGAUGCUGUGCUGAUGGAACCUGAGGAGAAGGGCAGUCAGCAUGUAAGCAAACCUGACCUCGGGUGACCUUCCAAGCCCCGACAAGGUCGCUGUCUGCCAAGUGAGAAGCAGGUACUGCUUCCCACAAGCACAGGCAUCCCGCUAGGCAUCCCGCUAGGCAUCCCGGCGGGCCUCCUCUGCACAGCUGUUUGUGACGCGGCUAGCCUGUGUUUCCGCUGAAGCUUCCACCCCUGUCCCAUCUAGGACACCCGUAGCUCAUGUGCCUUAAUAAAAAAAAAAAAAAAGUCCA